GGAACUAGCUCUAACUAUCUGAUGUAGAAACUCCAUAUACUGAAACUAAAUACUGACCGUGGGUACUCAAGUGUUCCCUCCAAUCUGCCUCUGACCCCACAUGGCCCUCAUUCCCUCUUUUCCCACCUCUCUACUUCGCCAUGCCUCUUGGUUGGCCUGCGAGUCACUGAAGGGCAGGGGGUGUGGCCGAGGAGGCUGAAAAACCUUCACUGUGCUUCCCCUUUCACUCUCAGAUGCGCCCAGGGUCCCCGAAGAAGGAGGACACGAGGAAACAGGUUCCUGCCUAGACACAACACCAUGCAUCUCCUCGGCCCCUCGCUCCUGCUCCUUGAAUACUUGGCCUUCUCUGACUCAUCUAAAUGGAGGUUUGAGCACCCCCACACUCUCUACAGCUGGGAGGGGGCCUGCGUCUGGAUUCCCUGUACCUACACAGUUCGCUACACGAGUAAAGAUGAGCUAGAAGAACUGAUCGUGUACAGAAACUAUAAAUAUGAUGAAGCCACCAAGAACUUCGAGGGGCUCAUUCUGUAUAAUGACACAAAGCCUUGGAAGCGUCCUGAUCCCCUGGAGAGGGUUCAGUUCCUGGGAGACCAAAGAUCCAACUGCACCAUACACAUCAACCCUGUACUGGAAGAAGACAAUGGCUGGCUGGGGCUGAGGAUGAUAAAGAAGAAUUCCAAAUGGAUGGAGAAAAUAGACCUCAAUGUCUCUAAGACCCCGCUUCCACUUCGAAUUCAGCUCCCUCCAGAAAUCCAGGAGUUCCGGGAAGUCACUCUGACCUGCUUGCUGAAUUUCUCCUGCCCUGGGUACAAUAUCCAGCUGCAGUGGUCCCUGGAAGGGGACCCUGGAGGGUCCUUGAAGGAGCGUGCCAUCACCUUGACCUCCCUGACCACCAAGACUAUCUCCACCCAGAGCAAGCUCACCUUCCAGCCGCAGUGGAUGCACCACGGCAAGAAUCUGACGUGCCAGCUCUGGGACCGCAAAGCAGAGCAGAUGCUCUCCAAGGAAACGGUGUUGCUAGAUGUGAAGCAUGUCCCAAAGUUGAAGAUUGAGGGCAGUCCCGAAGGAGCCAAUGUAACAGAGGGAGAGUCUGUGACCAUGACGUGCCAGGUCAUUAGCAGCAACCCAGAGGCCCGGAACAUAGCCUGGCUCAAAGACGGCACCCAGCUGAGGAAGCAGACGACAUCUACGCUCACUCUGUUCUCUGUGACCAAGAAGAUGAGUGGAAAGUACCAGUGUGAGGCCUUCAAUGAUGUAGGCUCAGGACGGUCGGAUGCAGUGGUCCUCCAAGUAUAUUAUGCUCCAGAACCUUCCAGGGUUGAGAUCUUCUCCUCGCCAGCUAAGGAGGGGGAUAAAGUAGAGAUGACUUGUAUGUCACUGGCCAAUCCUCCUCCAACCAAUUACACCUGGUAUCACAACGGAGUGGCAGUGCCGGGAAGCACAAGCAAGAGCUUCCAGAUCCCAGCGGUCCUCCUCAGCCAAGCUGGGAAGUACUCAUGCAUGGCAGAAAACAGACUCGGUCCUAGUCAAAUUGGCCAGGAGACUGAGUUAGACGUCCAGUAUGCUCCCAAGGAGGUAACCACGGUGAUUGAAAACCCCACGCGGAUUCAAGAAGGAGAUACUGUGACCCUGUCCUGUAACUACAGUUCCAGCAAUCCCAGAGUUACCCAAUAUGUAUGGGACUUCCAAGGCUCUCAGAUGAAACAACCAUACGAGGUGCUGAUAAUUCAAAAAGUUGCCUGGGACACCAGGCCAAUCACCUGUGCAGCCUGUAACCAGUGGUGUUCGUGGGCUCCCAUUGUCAACCUGGAUGUCCAGUAUGCACCCAAGGAUGUCAGGGUCCAGCAGAUCAUCCCCUCCUCUGAGAUUCACUCCGGAAACCGAGUCCGCCUUGAAUGUAACUUCUCAAGUAGCCGCCCCAGAGACGUCCGCUUCUUCUGGAAGAAAAAUGGAAUCUUUCUGAAGGAAGGAAAAGAACUGAGCUUCGACUCUGUCUCUCCAGAAGAUGCUGGCAAUUACAACUGCUUUGUCAACAACUCCAUAGGUCAGACCAUGUCUGAGGCCAGGACGCUCCAAGUGCUGUAUGCACCAAGGAUGCUGCAUGUGGUCAUCAGCCCAAAGGACCAAGUGAUGGAGGGGAAGAAGGCCAUCCUGACAUGUGAGAGCGACGCCAACCCUCCGGUCCGCCUGUACACCUGGUUUGACUGGAAGAACCAAAAUCUCCACCAUUAUGAUCAGAUGCUGAGACUGGAUCCCGUGAAGAUCCAGCACUCAGGUGCCUACCGGUGCGAGGCCACCAACCAGCUGGGCAGGGUCCAGUCGCCCCCCAGUACCCUCACUGUCUACUACAGCCCGGAGACCAUCGGCAGGCGAGUGGCCGUCGGAGUGGGGUUCUGCCUGGCCACCCUCCUCCUGGCGUUCUGGGGAGUCAAGCUUCAGCGAAGCUGGAAGAGGAUACGGAGCCAGCAGGGGCUCCAGGAAAGUUCCAGUGGCCAGAGCUUCUUUGUGAGGAAGCAAAAGGUUAGAAGGGCUCCGCUCUCCGAAGAGCCCCACUCCCUGGGGUGCUACAAUCCUGUGAUGGAAGAUGCCGUCAGUUAUGCUGCCUUGCGCUUUCCUGUCAGCGACAAUGACACACCAAGAACUGGAGAUGCAAGGACCCUGGAGACAGAGGGACCUUCUCCAAACACGGAUGACACCGUCACUUACUCUGUCUUGAAGAAGUGUCGAGUGGGCGACUAUGAAAACGUGCUUCCGGACAGUCCAGAAGAUGAGGGGAUACACUACUCGGAGCUGGUUCAUCUCGGGGUCGGGGAGCGGCCUUUGGCCCAGGAAGCCGUGGAAUACGUGACCCUCAAGCACUGAGGGGCCACACCCACUGGAGCAGAGGCACCGAGGGAGAGACCAGAGGGAGAGACCAGGGACCAAGGAGCUGGCCCCACCCCUGCCGCUCAGCUGCAAAGCCACACAACCUCCCUUCCACAACCAAGCACACGCACGCGCACACGCACACCAUCACUGAUGCCCCGGUCAGCGCCCAGAACUUCGUAUGUGGCCCAGGGAUGGGCUUCCUUCUCCACGCUGGUGACCCUGACCUUCCCAAAGACCUUCCUUGUCCGCUCUCCUUCCCACUAGGAAAGUCGUCUAAACCCCGAUCCUGCACUGCACACAUCCCCCUGCCCCUUCCUGGCCACCUGCUGCUUACCCCCACCCCCACCCCCAAACCCCAUCCCCAGCGGGCCGGCGUCCCUGCUGGGGUCAGCUUGUGACUGUAUUUUUUCCUUUCCCUCUCCAUCCGUUUGGACCUCUCACCCCUGCUCUGAAAGCCCCACUCACUGGUCCUGUGCCUAAUUUCUGCCUCUGGGGCAAAGCACAGGGAUAGAGCGGCUGUCCUGAGCUGGGUUCUCCUCCACAGGUCAGCGAGGCAUUCCAUUACGCUGCUGCAGCCCCUCCCCAUGGGGGUCUGGUGGGCUGAGACACACACUGGUGUGGACAGACUGUGUAACACACACAGAGCUGCACAAUAAAGAUGGCUCAGAUACCACCUCAAAGAAUCCA